UGGAUCUACUGGUAGGGGAAGAUCCGUUGGACAUACUGGAAUCAAAAUAUAACCAACUUAUAUCACAACGCUUGUCUAGUGGUUCAUUUAAUACGAAAGCCACAUCAAAUGUCAUCUUGUUUCUUGUUGAGGGACUCGACUCACACACUAUGUCUGCUGCUAGAAAGAUUACUAGGGAGACAACCCCUACCAAUGCCAUGGACACUUUAGACAACUUUAUAACUGGAUUGAUUAAGCCUCACAGUCGUGACCACAUGGUGGGUGACCCAGCCUCAUCUUCUUCCUCAAUAUUCUCCGGUCUGCCAGAAAGAAAUGGUCAAAUGGGUUGGAUCAAGCAAGAGAAUAACACAUGUCUUCAGCGUGACCAGAGCAAGAAAGUGGCCAACCUUUUUAAGACAAUGUCCGCUGCUGGUAAAUACACAGCCUUGAUUGCCACGGCGCCACUGACGUCUCCUGGUGUCGCCGGAACUUAUGCAUCGUCGCCGGACAUGAAACUGGAGUCGGACAUUCACGUGAAGGAAGCAGCGUGUACUGGAUUCUCGGACAUCGCCAGACAGUUGAUUAUGGAGCAUAGACAAUUAAACGUCAUAGUUGGUACGGGCAGAAAUUAUUUUCACUUCAAAAACAAAACGGACGAAUUGACCGGCAAGCUCCUUCCAGAUGCUCGAUCUGAUAUUGACUUAAAAGAUAUCUGGUCAGUUAAUUUACGUGUAAAAAAUCUACCGCAUAAAGUAGCCAUCGGUAAAGCCAGUGUGAGUGCCGCUCUGGCUAGUGAAGCCAAUGACUUUGUUCUAGGAUUUUUGGAAGAGAAGGAUGACCUUGAACUGACCAGUCAGAAUUUGAAAGAUGUCAUUACUAGCUUUAAAAAGAAAUCAUUAAAAAACUCAAGGGGAUAUUUUAUAACAGUCUACAUUGACCAGAUCGCAAGAGCUCAUGAUGCGUCUCAAGGCCUGAAAGCAGCCAAAUAUCUGGAGACCAUACUCAGCAUUGUCAAAGAUGUUCAUGGCUUGGUGAAAACAGAUGACACAUUGCUCCUUGUGGCCUCGACUCAAGGCUCGACGCUUACUGUGGGGUCCGGUGCUUAUAUUGACGAGAGUCUAGACGGUUAUACUAAAACAGAAGAAUGUCAGUCCUACAGGUUUCUGAAUUAUGCUUUCGGAGUUGAAAAGGCUCCGAAAUUUGACACAGUCCCAGGAGAUCCAGAAUACAAGUUUCCCAGCUUAUAUUUCGCACAAGGAACAACCGGAGGACCAGACCUUCCGAUCUUCGCUACCGGAACAAGCGCCGGUCUUUUCACCGGGGUGAACACUUUUCCUUACAUUCACCACGCUAUCCUUUGCGCGACCUGCCUGGCCAAGAACGCCAAGGAUAUCUACCCACACUGCCCUACGCCGACCACCACCACCCCUGCGCUGACAACGACAACUACAACAACAACAACCUCAACAACCACAACAAGCACGACCACGGUGACGCCCACAGUGAAGACCACCACACGAAAACCCCAGUCGCCGUUCUGGCCGUGGUACUUUCAGCCCUAUCCAGGAAAAGGACCCAACCCGUACGCUAACAUGAUAUCCCGAAAUGAUAUAAACUCUCCGGCCUCGUCAUCAAACGCCAGACCUCAACCAGUCCCAAUGAACCCAACCCCAAGACCAGCACAGCAGCAAUCCAAUAACUUCUUUGGGAGCCAUGCAUUCUCCUGGCUUCCAUUUUUACUUUAAUGUCCAAAAUUAGAAAAUGUUUGAAGGGUAACUUAAAAAUUAAAAAACGGAUAUUUAGAAAUAUA